AUGGCCUCGAACGCUCGCUUUAACACAGAGGUUGCGGCCUAUCCGCAAUAUCCAAUACAUCACCACCAUCCCCAGCAACAACAUCAGCAGAUGUUGCACCAACAACAUGUUUCCCUUCAGCAGCAACAACAACAACAACAACAACAUCACCAGGGGCACCAACAACAACACCAGGUUCCCCAUGGACACGGCCACGGCCAAUCAGAUUACUCACAAGAUUACUCAAGCUGGGACUUGAUGGAAUCUUCCAGCUAUGACCCGUUAUCACAGUACAUUCUGAACGACGCGGAAUUACAGACAUCUUCUGAUGUCAAUCUAGAGGACAUUCUAAAGGACGAUGACCCUUUACUGAAAUUCACCACCGGAGCCAUAACGCCCAAAGACGAGGAGCUCUUUGAGUUCGUGAAAAGCAGUCCUGGAGUUUCGGAGGACGAAGAAGCAGAUUCCACCAUUGUGGUGGCCAACGAGGUGGAUGUGAAACGAGCCACCAAAGAGGCUGACAAACAAGUUUUCACCAAGGUUCUCGGUCUUGGAAUCGACUUCAAGAGCUCAAUGCCGAAGAAAUUACCGGUAUUUGAGAAUGCAACCGUUUUGGGACCGAUUGCUCCGAAGCUGAAAAAGAGCAAGUCUACUUUGAACGCCAAAAGCCUCGUGAACAAUUCUCCAGUUUUGAAAAACAGCGGGUUCCAUUCGACAAACUCGACUCCUACUUUCGGAAGAAACAGAACGCUUUCGCUGAGCGAAUGUUCGUCAACCCUCAGUUUUCCUCCGAAGGAUAGCAAGCCCAAGGUUAAUAUCAAGAACUCGAAGCAGUUCGCCUUUAUCGUGGAACAGAGUCCUCCACAGGCAAUCUUCAAGCACAAUCCAAACUCUUCGAACUCAACCUCGCCUCGUUCCAACUCCAACUCGCCUACUUUGGCGAGUAAGUUCGAGAAACUUUCAACUGCAUCUAACUCAUCUCCAACUCCUCAGAUAUACUCAUUUGAGAACUUCAGCUCGUCACCCAGUCCGGGUUCGAUGGACUCCAAGAAGCAAAAAAUGCUGAGAUCAAUGAUGAUGAACGGCUCAAGCCCGACUAAUUUGCAGCAAAGGUUCAAGCCGAAGGUUUACAAAGAUAUCAGGGAAGGGAUGGUUGAAUUCCAGCUGAACGUUCCUGGGAAGAGGGGACAUUAG